AUGACACAGUCCCAUAAGGACAGUGUUGUUGCAUGGAAGGGCUAUCAGGCAACGAGCCAACAGGGAUAUGUUGUUCAGAUGAUGAUGUCUGCAAAUGCACAUGAGAUUGUGGCGAGAAGGGACUAUCUGAAGCGAAUUGUUGCAGUCACCUCAAUGUUAGGGGCCCAGGGACUACCCUUUCGUGGACAUGCUGAAAGUACAGAGAGCACAAACAGAGACAACUUUCUGGCUUGCAUGGAGCUUUUGAUGACAUUUGAUCCAUUCCUUCAAAAUCACAAUCCUCCAUCAAAUGCCACGUACACCUCACCAGUGUCUCAGAAUGAGAUGAUUGAGUGUUGUGCUCAGGAAGUGACCAGUGUCAUUGUGUCUGAGAUUACACGCUCCAAAAUGUAUUCCAUCAUGGCGGAUGAGGCAAGAGAUGGUCGGUCAGAGCAGCUGGCUGUUUGUGGCCUUGCUCAUGUCAAGUGUGUGCCACAGACUUAUGAUGGUGCCGCGGUCAUGAGUGGACCCAUAGGAGGCGUGCAGGCACGUUUUAGAAGGCUUCAUCCUGAAGCUAUCUAUAUACACUGCUAUGCACAUGAGCUCAACCUAGUGUUGUGCCACACUUGCAAGGCUGUUACGGAGGCUGUGGAGCUAUUUGCUUUGUUGGAGAGUGUGUAUUCUUUUUUCACCACCUCUCUAGUGAAUCACCAUAAGUUCAAAGAUGCUCAGUCCAGGUUUGGGUUGGCAGCAGUAGAGUUUGUGCAACUUUCCAACACACGUUGGGCAUGUCGGCAGCAAUCAGUCAUUGCAGUGCUUCAGACCUUACCUGCCAUAUUUGAAUGCCUCUCUGUCACUGGGUCUCCCUUGGCUAUUGGAAUCAAAGCAAAGCUAUCAGUGUUCUCAACCAUCUAUGCUCUCUUGAUGUUUCAGACACUUCUGUCCAUCACUGAAGGACUCCACAAACUCCUUCAGAAGGAGACAUUAGACCUGGCAGCUCUGAUUUGCAAAGAUGCUGUGUGUGAUACUCUCAAAGAUGAACAAGGCUUCUGGAAGAAAAAUCCGGAGCCGGUGUCCCUAAGGCGGUUCGUAAUUGCUUGCAACCUCGUUCUUGCAACUCCUACGACGCCGCUGGUGCAAGGAGUUGCAAAAACGAGUUGCCGGUCAAAGGCAGAGUCCCCACCUAUCCUUAUUUCUGUUUAUCCAUAUAUGGGAUCCUCAUACUUUGGGUCGAAUUGGACUGGCUAG